AUAAUGUAAUGAUUAAUCAAUCGUAUAAAGAGUAUUUCUCGAUCGUAAUCACAUUAUUAUUCUCUGGGAAGCAGACAAAUCCCAAAUAAACUUUGAAAAUGAAGUUUUUGGUUCUUUUGGUUGGUAUUAUUGUUGUCAAAGCUUCGGACUAUGAACAAUGGCAAGAUUUCAAAGUGAAAUUUUCAAAGUCGCACUCAUUAACUGAAGAUAAGCUACGUUUCGGAAUUUUUCAAAAUAACUUGCGCAAAAUCGAAGUGCAUAAUGCUCUGUAUGAAAAAGGAGAAGUUUCAUAUUUUCUCAAAGUAACUCAGUUUGCUGACUGGACUUCAGAGGAAUUCAAAUCCAUGCUGGGUGCUCAACUUAAUGGAAAGCCAGAAAUCAGUCCCAUAGGCAGAUUUAAACCCGAAGCUAACUUCACCAGACCAGAGUCUAUUGAUUGGAGACAAAAAGGAGCAGUAUUAGGAGUUAAGGCUCAAGGGGAUUGUGGUUCAUGUUGGGCUUUUAGUACUACAGGUGCUCUUGAAGGUCAACUUGCCAUUCAUCGCAAUCAAUAUAUUCCUUUGAGUGAACAAGAAUUAGUUUCUUGUGAUAAAAAUAACCAUGCAUGUGGUGGUGGUUGGAUUGAUGUUCCCUAUACGUACUUAGAACAAAAUGGUCUGAGUUCUGAAGAGCAGUAUCCAUAUACUGGCAACGAGGAUAGUUGUAUCAACAAUAUCGGUAACAAACCUCUCACCACUGUUCAAGGAUUUAUCUCGAUUAAAAAAGACGAAGAGUCAAUGGCUGAUGCCGUCGCAACUGUAGGUCCAAUUUCGAUAUAUGUCAACGCCAAUAAUGGUUGGCAGUUAUAUGGAGGUGGAGUUUUCGAUGACAAAGACUGUGCCGAUUUCUUUAACCAUGCUGUUAUCAUCACAGGCUACGAUUCUCAAUCUUGGACCAUCAAAAACUCUUGGGGAACGGAAUGGGGAGAAGAAGGCUACAUGAGACUCAUCAGAGGCAAAAAUCAAUGUGGUAUUACAAUCUUUCCCAUUUAUCCUGUAUUGUAAUUGAUGAAUAAACUAGUAUGACUUGACUUAUUAUAUUCCUGAGAAUCUUCUGAGAAGAUUACUUUUGACAAAUGUGAAAUUUAGACAAAACCAACUAUAUAUGUAAGUACACAGUAAAUACCAGAAGAAUGUGUAAUCAUCUUCUUUUUUCUCGGCACAUGAUUCACAAUCCGUGAUAGAAAUUGGUCGCAGUUUAUGUGGAUUCUGAAUAAAUAGAUUCCGGUGUGAAAUUUGAUUCAUAAUUUCAUAUUCUAUUAUGAAUUAUUAUACUGAAAUAUAACUGGCGCAGUCAAUAGUAUCGUGUAGUAGAUACUUGUCUUUGUGAAACAUUUAUUAGCGAAAAGAACUCGUGAAAACCAAAAAAAGUGCUUGCCAGGAUCGACAGCAUUUCAAGUUCUGUAUCAAAUAGCUCUAUAAACAUUUCCGAAAUGACAGCGCUUGAAGAAUCAAAUGAAACUUUUAAUAUUUCUUGCAAUUAGUUAUAUUAUCUGCUUUUUUAUCAUUUUCACUGGUUUAUUUGCAGAUAGUUUAAGUAUUGAAGAUAAUAAUUUAAACAAAAGUGAACACAAAAUGAUUUCUGCACAACUUGAUAUGUGGAAAUUUGUAUUUUACCAAAUUUUUAUAAUUACGCGUGAACGACAGGCUAUUGCUGAGACUUGUUGUCACGUCAUGUCCACCUGAAUCCAACAAAUCCAUGUUGGGCUAUCAACUUAAUGGAAAGCCAGAGAUAAGGCCCAUAGACACAUUUAAAUCCGAAGCUAACUUCACUAGACCAGAGUCAAUUGACUGGAGAGAAAAAGGAGCAGUAUUUGGAGUUAAGAAUCAAGGACAAUGCGGUUCAUGCUGGGCUUUUAGUACUGUAAGUAUUAUGUAUUCAAUCUUAUUUGAUCACAUAAUAUGUUGGUAGAUACUUACAUUUUUAAAGACCGGAUUAUACUUCUACUCACUUUUUUCAUUCAAAUACUGAUCUAGGAAAGAAUUCUUGACUCAUUUGAUGAGAAAAACAGUCCGAUAAUGUGUAGCAAAUAUCGUCGAUUGUUCGGCUUCUUUUUGUAUUCAAUGAAUUAUCUUUAAAUUUUCAGAACUACAUCUACUGAACAGAUUUAUGCAGUAACAUCAGAGGUAUACUCGCUAUUGAAUAUAAUUGGUUCCAAUCGGAGAGUAUUGGGUGUUUUGGAGAGUUAUCACAUGUCAAACCAAAACAUUUAUUGCAAACUAUAAGCUCCAAAGAGCGGAAGGAAUUGUCGUAUUUUGAUAAGUUUUAUUGGUACUGGUCGAAACUGACAAACCAGAAUUUUGUAUAACCUAAAUUACAUAUACAAUUUUUGGAACUGAAUCAUCAUCCAUUGGUGUCCCAUAUUUCUUAUCUGAGAACUUCACUGUACUCCGCUUUCACAUUAAUUUUAAGGUUUCGCCUUCUGCAGUCUACUCAUUAGCUUGUGUUUAACGAGUAGCUGGAGAAAUUCAAAAAUUCAAAAUUUAAAACGCUGCAAAUCGUAAGUUACUAAUUUCCAGACGAUGAAAACAUAAGUAUUCGAAAGCUCGGAUAUAUAUUAGGGUUAGUACAUUAGAAUGACAUUAUGAUAUACCAAAAGCAUAAAACUUGACAUUCCCACGUCAUCAUAGUCUAAAUUGUAGUUAUUUUCAGACAGGUGGUCUUGAGGGUCAACUUGCCAUUCAUCAUAAACAAUACAUUCCUUUGAGUGAGCAAGAAUUAGUGGCUUGUGAUAAAGAUAAUUAUGCUUGUGUAUGUGGUUGGAUUGACGUUUCCUAUGCGUACGUACAACAAAUUGGUCUUAGUUCAGAGGAGCAGUAUCCAUACCUUGGCCAGGGAAGUAGAUGCCUCAACAAUAUCACCAACAAACCUCUCACUUCUAUUCAAGGAAUUUACGUAGUGUGAUGUGCUUGAAUAUAAAAUGGAAAUUCAUUUGUUUUAAUAACUUGUUUCUUCCUUGUAUUUACAAUAAUCACUACAAUACUUUUUCUAGUGAAUUCUGUCGCCUGAUAUAUUCUUAUAUUUCACUUUUCCUGUCAAUUUUAACCGUAAGAGUAAAAAGAACUCUAUAUCUAUUUAUUUAUUUAUUGAUAACUUGCAGGAUUGUUUGCCAAUGUAGAAAUGUAUGCUAUUUCAAUACAAUAAUUAUUUUAUUAAGUAUCUGAUAUAUUAAAUGGAAUAUUUUGUUCCACAGCAAGUGUAGGGCCAAUUUCGAUAUAUGUCAACGCUAAUGAUGAUUGGCAGCUCUAUGGAGGUGGUGUUUUCGAUGACAUAGACUGUGACGAUCUAUUUUUUCAUGCGGUUCUAAUCACAGGCUACGAUUCUCAAUCCUGGACCAUCAAAAACUCUUGGGGAACGGGAUGGGGAGAAGAAGGAUACAUUAGACUUAUUAGGGGUAAAAGUCAAUGCGAUGUCACAGUAUUUCCCAUAUACCUUGUACUGUAAUUGAUAAAUAAAAAGCUUUGAAGUGAA